AUGCGCGCAAUCGCUUUCAUCCCCCUCUUCUACAAGAGAGCUUUUUUUNUUUUUUUCAAAGAGUCCAAAGACCUGUGUUCGAAAGCGGAGGCUUUUUGCUUCAGAAUCGUUGAUACAGCAAAAUCCACAGGAUUGAGAUCGGGGAAUUUGAAGGUCAACCCUGCUCCCGAAAUUCCGGAGCUUCCUUGUGGUCAAGUGCUACGUGUGGACCUGCUGUCAAACUGGGGUGACCCCACUUAUGUCGGCCUGAACGCCAUCGAGAUUUUCACAGACAGCGGGAAACGGUCAGAAGUUAUUAAAGCUGUAAAACAUUCCUAUCACUCCCGGGAGACGUGCAGUAGGAUCGGUUGUAACUACAGCGAAUCACGAGUCCAUGCUCAAAUGGGAGUGCGACAUCUUCGUGCCGAACUGGAUAACCUCACCAUAUUCGACGGCGAGAUCGACUGCGCUUUUACUGACCGUGACACUGCACCCAUGGGAGAAUGGCGGCUCUGUCUUUUCUCAGAAUACUCCUCCACUGUCCGCAUGAUAUUACUCAUCAGGAUACAAACUAACCACGAACUCUGCCCAUCGGAAUGUGCCUUAGAAGGAAUUCUGCUCACUGUUUACUUUCCAGUUCUGCAUUUGGAACUUUGCGAAAACUGGGGUGCAAGGGAUCUGAUCGGACUGAAUGGUCUGGAGUUGCUCGGCAAUCGACAGAGUGUCAUUGAUCCUUCCACAGUCACGAUCUCUGCCAGUGGCCAGAGCGAUCCUCAAAGGCUUCUGAAUGGCAAAAAUCUCACUCGAUCUCCCGAAGAUGUUUGGUUAAGCUCAUUCGAAGCUAAUAGCACAACAACAAUCACCAUCAACUUUUCAAAACCUUCUGAACUUACUGGUAUUUCUUUCUGGAACUACAACGUUUCACCAGAGAUGUCUUAUGCUGGUGUUCGUCUUUUGCACAUAUUCAUCAAUGGGCGAUUGAUUGCCAGUAAUGUGCUUCUACGGAAGGCGCCAGGUUAUGUAUUUUUCGACUUCGUUCAGGAUGUCUUCAUAGACCGCCCUACUACAGCUCGCCCAUUGACUCGUCCGAUGACAAGCUCCAUCUACGGAUGUGAGUGGUUGUUAGCACUAGAUGUCUUAUGCUGGUGUUCNGGCAUCGAACUUUACGACCGACGACAUGAACGGAUCAAAGUCAAAGCACAUAAUUUGGCUGCUUUUCCUGAAAGCGUCAACAUUCUGCCAACUGUCGAUGGUGACCCUCGUACGAGUCUUAACCUUAUAAAUGGUUGCAACGAUACUGAUAGGGCCGAAGAAAUGUGGUUGACGCCCAUGUUACCAAAUCGCUGCGCCCGGGUGUUUUUCGUGUUUGACAUGCCAGUUGCCGUUUCCACAGUCGUCAUUUACAACUACCGGAAAACCCCUGCUCGAGGAGUUCGACAUAUUUCUGUCUCUGUCGACGAUCUAAUUGUCUACUCCGGUGACGUUCCAGCGAGCACAGUCGAGAAGACAGGGAUCCUCGAGAUCAAUUUCCGAGAGUAG